ACUGAUAAGAACAACAGCACAGUUCAAAACUAUUUAUUUAUCCCGACUUUUUUUAAUGUAAUUAGUCCACUAAAAAAUGGCUGAAGCCGCGAAUGUGCGUCAGAACCUGCAGAAUGUGCCGUCAAUCUUCGAGAUCUCGGCGGCGGAGACGCUGGACAAUCUGAUUUACCCGGCGCUGAGCAAGAUCUUUGACUACUUUGGAUUGCGGCUGGACUUUAAACUCUGGGGGAGCUUGAGGAUCCAGGAAGAGCUAUCGCCGCUGCUGACCUGGCUGCUGCAGUACUUGUACCUGCGGAAGAGGGCCUCCUCCUUCGGGGAGAGCUUCUACGGACUGCAGAGGACGGCCACGGAAACGGGGGAUCUGCUGAACCGGCGGCAGCAGUUCGCAUCCGCCACACUGUUGACCUUCGUUCCCUACGUGGAGAGGAAGCUGAGGAGCAGGAUCGCCAGGCACGAGGACACAAAUCCCUGGGAGCAGCGAUUGCUCAGCUCCUUUCACGCCUUCCAUGCCGCCAAGGCGGUGCACACAUUCCUCUACCUGGUCAAGUACGCCUCCAACCACUCGCCCAUCUUCCGGGCCUUGGGCCUGACCCUGCGCUAUCCCAGCGAGCCUCCCAAGGAGGAUCAGUGGACCUAUCUGGUGCUCAAAAUGCUCGAGGUGCUGGCCUUCUUUCUGCAGUUCGUGCAAUGGUGGUACUCCAACGACCAGCGGCGCAAAGUGGGUGGCACCCUGGUCAAUCCGGAGGCGAUGCCCGAGAAGGAGCUGCCCAAGGAGGUCCAGAAGACCCUGCCCAAACGGGGAGAGUGCCCCGUUUGCCUGCUGCCCAUCCAGACGCCCACUGCCUGCUCCGUUUCCGGCUACGUCUUCUGCUGGAAGUGCAUCGUCAGCCACAUGAAGGAGCACGGCAGCUGUCCAGUCACCCAGUAUCCCAUCAGCCUGGAUGACCUGGUGCGCAUCUACGAGACGUAGUAUUAGCCCUUUUUGUUAUCUUUUAUGUGGUAUUGUUCUGUUUAAUACAUUUUAUAAGGAAUCAAUAACUGUUUAGAUCUCGCUGAGAAAGAAGCCCAGUCGCUGAUCGUAGCAUAUGUAGACGUGGUAAAAGUCAAAGUAGGCCAGGCACAGAUAAAUGCAGAAGCACUCGCAGGAGACGAACUCGCCCAUGCCGAAUAUGGAGUAGGCUGUAGGGGAUUCCUGGAUUAAAGAUAUGAACCACUGCCUCCAUUGGUCAACUCACCCAAGGGAAGGCAAAACUUCUGGUGCACGUAGUAAAAGAACCACAUGAUCACCACGGACACGUAGUAGGUGAGGACCAAACCACUCUUUAACCUGUAGGAGAGCUCCUCCUGCAGCUGCCUAUUCCUGUCGCGCAUAUAAUACUUGGCGCACACAAAGGACCCUCCCAUGUAGACGGCACACGACACAAACAGGGACAAAGCGAUGGAUAUGUGCAGCAAUGAGUCGCCAUCCGCCUGGGCAAAGGUGCCCCACAGCAACAUGCUGGUGCUAUUAACCGCUAAGAAGAUGGCCAUCAGGCAACCAAAGCUCCGCACCGGCUUGGGCAGAGUCCUCCGGUUGAAGCGGAACUGCAGCCAGGCACUUGCUAUGAGGAAGGGGAACUCCAGCCAGCAGACCAAAGCCCAAAUUGUGUGUUGCGACUUGGCAGCCGCCGACGUGGUGGGGAAAAAGUUGAAGGCAUGGCAGGAUGUAUAAGUAGUCGACUUGAAGUCCGUGCUAAUAGCCAUCACCAGGUUGUAAGCCAUGCAAAGAGGCACCUGCAAAAGGCCCAGGGCAAGGAGGGGACCUACCGUAAUACGAAAAUGGCGCCUCUCUUGAAAAUCCUUCAAGGAGCAUGGCAACAGCUUGGUUUGAUCCUCGACGAAGUGCUUCAUUUCAGGACAAGCAAACUCUCGGAAAUGUCAGCGAUUUUUUCACAAGGUAAAACACUCAGAAAUUGACAAUUUGAACUAAGAAUCAAAAUCUGUAUAACUCCAAAAAUGUAGUUUUCAUUAUUGCAUAAAUAUUAAGGUGAUAAAAAUCGUUUACAAAAUAAUUUAAUAAUUUAAAAAAUUGCGGAGUUAUUUUAUUAUUAAAAAUUUCAAAGUCGGCAUUGAUCGGAAUUCAAAUAAAUACAAUUUUAUGCUUACAAAAUACUAGAACCAUAGAGCCAAUUGCAAAUCGAGUGUGUAUAAAUAUAACCUUAUUAAAGUCUUGUUCUUAAUUA